CUCUCCAACUUGCGCACUGCCUCCCAUUCCCUCUCAGCGCGUCUCUCCUUUAAGGUUACCGUGCGUAAUAAGAGCUUCCCUCCCCAGCAGGCUACUGUGCAACAAGUUUGCAGGAGCUCCACUCAUCUAUCCUACCCUGUCACCAGAAAGUACGUGAACGCAUCGUCGCAGUCUCUCUCUCUCCCUGUGUCAGACGCGCGCACCCAUUCAGAGCAGCAGCGUGCCAUCCCUUUCGUGACUCCGCACCAGAUGCGCUUUAUCGCGCAGUUGAAUUCUGGGGAUCGAGGAUAGAAGAGGAGCAUUUAGUUCGUGGAGAUACAUUUUUAUUAAGAGGGAGAAGGAAAAUAUGGAGAAAGAGGUGAAGCGACAGUAUCGCUCCGCAGCUCUGCACAUCAUCUCGUCUUUAUGUUCAGUGGCAUCCAUCGCGUUCUGCGUCCAUCUGAGCAUCAGCGCGGCGGACGUCAGGAGUCGAGUUGUUGGUUUGGAGAGCGGGGCUGCGGAGCGCACCUUCAUCCAGGUCCGCGGAUACUCCAUGGAGGAUUUCAAUUCUCUGGUGCAGCAGAGAGUGGAUGAGCUGCUCUCUCAGCGCUCUUAUGAGAAUUUCGUCAAGAUAAGGACUGCAAGACAAGCCUCAGCUGACUGCAAUUGCCCCCCAGGACCUCCUGGUAAGAGAGGAAGAAGAGGUCGUGAUGGAGAACCUGGACCUCCUGGUCCUCCAGGUCCACAGGGUGAAAAGGGAGAUCAAGGUGAUCAGGGACCACGGAUGGUCUUCCCAAAGAUCAAUCAUGGCUUUCUUUCCGCUGACCAGCAGCUCAUAAAGCGUCGGCUCAUUAAGGGAGAUCAAGGCCAGGCAGGACCACCCGGCCCUCCUGGCCCACCUGGCCCUCCUGGACCUAGAGGUCCUCCAGGAGACACUGGAAAGGAUGGACCCAGAGGUUUGCCAGGUCUACCAGGUGAUCCAGGCCAUCCGGGAGAAACAGGACUCAUGGGACUUGAGGGGCCUCAAGGGCCAAAGGGUUCUCUUGGACCUCCUGGUAUCCCAGGAAUUAAUGGACUGAAGGGAGAUGUUGGCAUCCCAGGACGGGACGGAAUCCCAGGCGCCAAGGGUGAAAAGGGAGAUCAGGGUGAAAAGGGGGAUAUGGGUGAAGACGGACCGAAAGGUGACAUGGGCGAGAAGGGUGAUGCAGGCUCCUCUGCAGCAGGCAUCAAGGGGGAACCGGGAGAACCUGGACGGAGCGGACAGAAGUGCAAAUGCCCAUACCUAGACGUACUCAAUAGAAGGGGAAGCUUUUAUUCCAAGAUAUUUCAAUUAAAGGGAGAGCCAGGACUUCCAGGGCUGCCUGGACUACCAGGGAUAAAGGGUGAGCCAGGAUUUCUCGGCCCCCAGGGUGAACCGGGACUUCCAGGACUCCCAGGAACUAAAGGUGAGAAAGGUGACCAUGGACCAGCAGGAAAAGGUGAACGUGGAGAAAUCGGACCUGCUGGGCCAAAGGGUUCACAAGGGGAGUCUGGAAUGCCUGGACCUAAAGGGUCAAAGGGGGACGCUGGAGAUAAAGGGGAUUUGGGAUCUAGCGGUCCAAGGGGCCCUCCAGGGCAAAAAGGAGACAGAGGAGCCACUGAAAUCAUCGACUACAAUGGAAACAUUGAAGAGGCCCUGCAGAGGAUUACCACUAUUACAGUCACGGGUCCCCCUGGGCCACCUGGACCUAUGGGACCACAAGGCUUGAAGGGAGAUCGCGGUUUGCCUGGUCUUCCUGGAUUUGAUGGGGAAAGAGGGUAUAAAGGCUCUAAAGGAGAUAUGGGAAUGCCAGGGGCUUCAGGAGAGAAAGGAAGCACUGGUUUACCUGGCUUACCAGGAGUUAAUGGAGCUAAAGGAGAUAAAGGAGAUCCAGGACUUCCCGGUCCACAAGGUCCAUCUAUAACUGGACCUCCAGGGCCACCAGGACCCCACGGGCCCCCAGGACCUAUGGGACCCCACGGCUUCCCUGGCCCUAAGGGUGAACCCGGUUUGCAUGGACUGAAGGGCAUGAGAGGAGAAACAGGACACAAAGGAGACCGUGGACCACUGGGUCUCCCUGGAGCCUCCGGCUUGGACGGCAAGCCUGGAAUUAGGGGCACAGACGGGCCCCCGGGUCCAGCUGGUCCGGCCGGACCAAAGGGGGACAUUGGUGAGAAAGGUGCACCAGGUGAGCCAGGACCACGAGGGCCCUAUGGACUACCAGGAGCAGCUGGAACACCAGGUUUGGAUGGGUUACCUGGAUUAAAAGGAGAUAAAGGCGACGAUGGGGAGAGAGGAGAAAAGGGGGAGAAGGGAAAGAAGGGCAAAAAAGGGCCUAAGGGCGAGAAAGGAGAACAGGGUGCCCCAGGAUUAGAUGCACCCUGCCCAUUGGGUCCAGAUGGAUUACCCAUGCCUGGCUGCUGGCAGAAGGGAGUCACACCAUGGCUUGUUGCCUGAGUACCCUCCUCCCCCCUCAUAUAAAAGGUGUCAGUAAUUGUUGCUUUAUUGUGGUGAGGCCUGUAGAGCGAACAGUCUCUGCAGGCUUUUGCCGUUGCACUCACGGGGCUCGGCAUCGUCAGUUCGGUGCCUCCUCAGGGGUCGCGCAUCUCUGGACAAGAUCAGAGAGCUUGACAAGGGUCUCUGCACUCGAAGGAAAACCAAUCAGUCUCAUACAGUUUGGACUGGAGCCUGGAUAGCACGAUUGGAAUGGAAAUGGAUUCUGCAGGAGAGUCACUCAUCAUUCUCCCUCUGAGAUCUAUUGGGAACCUUGAUACGGUGCAGUUUUGAUGUUUUUCUUUAUUAAUUUUUUCUUAUUUUACUAUUUUUUUUUUUACACAUCGUUUGUAUUUUCUGUACACUAUAAUUGCCUUUGGUGCCUCGAGCUUUGAUUCAUUCCUUUAUCAAGAGAAUUUAUACCUUAUUUUAAACCAUUUGAAUGGUGUUUAGAGGGUGUUUAAUUUGGGAAAGACUUUGCGCACUGUUUUUGUUUUGAUUUGUUUUGUCUUCACCAAGAAUAACCCCACCGCAUUUAAAAGCAAGAUGGCAUCAAUUUAUUCACUAAAGCUGCACAGUGCUUGUAUAAAAGAUUGCAGCAGAGGAUGGAAAUAAGUCUCACUUUUCUAGAGUUUGGGUUUUACUUGUGAGGCUUAAUAACCCAAACAGUAAUUCAGUUGAAAGGUCAUCCAGGGUACAUCUUUUGUCCCGUAAUUCAAACUCUAAAGGAAGAUAAGUUACUCUUGCUUUUGAACAGGAGCUUGUGGAUAUGCUGAACUUGUAAGGGAUUAUGUGUACAGUAAAGCUGAGUUUGCUGCAUGAACACCAUUUAGGAAAUGUAGGUUUAAAAUAAACUUAUGUUUUUAAUAUCAAAAAGCUGUUUAAAUCAGCUUUAAAUAAUCCCACUGUGUAUUGGGCCUAAAAUUAGAAAAAAAAACUUUAAUGUAAACAUAACAGUCAGAUCCAAGCUUCUUUCUUCCUACAUCUUGUGUAUUGUCUUAAGUAUCCAGUGAAAACAUCUGUUCACUUACAGGAUAUUAACAAUCCUCCACCGACAUCAGUCUGGCCAGUUGUAUCACAUUCCUAAUAAACAUGGAGCAAAAAUAGCUGGAAGUUUAGAUUUAGAUUUAUUUUUUUACACAAGUCCGUUAAGCUUUUCAAAGUUCAAACAGUAGAAUUGGUUAUAAUGACAUCAUGGGUGCUAUGCAAGGUUAUACUGUUUUUUUUUUUUUCCUACAAAGUGUACUGCAAAAGUGUCAAAAGCCCUUGGCCUAUAUCACAUUUUGAGAUGUUACAACCAAAGCCCUCGAUAGAUUUUCUUCUAAUUUGCUGUGUUUGUCGAGCACAAAGUAGCUUAUAAUCAUGAAGUUGAAGGUAAAUGGGUUUUUUUAUCAUGUGUUUUGCAUCCUAGAUUGGAACCCUGUCUUGUGACUAUUUUUUUUUUUUACUUAAAAGCAACUAAAGCUCAGUCAAAUUGGACGAAGAACAUGUGAGAACAUA